UUUUUAACACACCAGCAAACAGGCUUCCCUGAGAGACAAGUACAGGACAGAGAAAAACUAAAGGGACAGUUAAGCCAUGGACUCCAGACUGAGACUGUUGACCAGCGCAUAGAGAAGGAUAAUCUACAACUUUAUGGAUACAACUGCUCAACUUGACGGAGCAAAUGGGAAUGCUUCUGUGAAAGGAAGGUGAACUCUGCUCUCCCAGGGAGAUUACAAUUUCCCGCUACUGAACAGCUUGACUUCACUUGCAGCUUCAUGGGAAUCUUGCUCGCACAUAGGACCCUGGACUGUACUACUGACAACAGAGUGGUAGCGGACUUUACGUUAUAAAAGUCUACUUUGUAGAACUGGUUUCCAAUUCACUAAACACGAAUACAGAAUAGUGUUGUUACACUUGGCGCACUCCUGGAGAAGGUAAGCGGAGCUUGGGAGAUUUGUCCGCACAAAGGCCUUUUGUCCCCAGCCAGCGUUGGUGGUUGACUAGCAGCAGCUUGGAUAACUGGAUAUGGGGACAUUUUCAUUGGAAAGUCUUAGCCAGAGUUGCUACCUGUUUGGGUUUGCCUCUCUUUCUUCUCAGUUUGUGUGACACUUUGAGCAAGAAUGGAAAAUGCAAGUAAUAAGUCAGAUGGACCAGGGAAGCAGAGCUCCGGUUCUCUCAUGAACGUGUUCAGCAGUUUCUUUGGCCAAGAUAGAUCUGCUUCGGAGUCAGCCUUGCUGACAUCUUUCAAGGACCUGUCGGAGAAUAACUCUCUUCCUGAAGGCGGUCAAACUACUUACAGUAAGAACAAGCUCCAAGAGAGCGAAGAUAUGCUUCAGGAUAAUGUGACUGUUUCCUCUGAUACAGGGCACAGUGCUGAGUCAUUGGAAACCUGCAAGGAGUCUGGCAAAACAGCAUCAGUGGCUUCGGUUGACCUGGAUCUGGUCCAGGUCACUAGGGUGGACACGUAUAGUGACAAUGAGGAUGAGGAGGCAGACUGCAGCAGCAAUCGUAAAUCAGAGAAGCCUGCCAUGACCAAGGAGUCUACCCCACCUGAGGAAGAUAAUAGCAAAGUGGAGCAUAAUGAUGAGCUAAGCGACUCCUCUGAGGAAGAGUACCAAAUGCCUGUGUUUAGAACACACGGAUUAAGGGGAAGAUCCUUCAUAGAAGCUAUGCUUUCUUCCGACAGGUGCGCCAGCAGAACGGACUCUAAUACAGUUCCGCUUUCCGAACAGGACGGAAGCUCUAUGAGUCCCAAAGAGAGCACCAGCAUUGUGUCUUCAGACAUAGAAAUAUCUACUGGAGAUAAAAGUAUACACAAUGUUGGUUCAAAAGAGGAUGAAGAGUUUGUCGGUGUAGAUUGUUCUCUGCCUGUUCCUGCCAUCCUCUCUGGAAAUCUGGCUUUACAGGCCUCAGGAGAUGAUGCUGCAACAACCUCUCCUUUAAAGGAGGACUCAAAUAGUGCAGAAGAGGAGAAGACGGAUGACAAAAUGGCUAAGGCUGAGGAGAAGAUGAAGAAAGAACCUCACUCCAGCAAGGUGUCUUUUUCGGUUUCCUCUAUCCCUAAGGCUUCUGAUGUCAUAGUUCAAUCCUCCUCCAGUUUAGAGGAACAGUCAGAAUCUGCAGGUGAGAAAACUAAAAAACGUUCCUUGUCAUCCACACCUGAAAAGUCCACAGUUGUCACCCAGCCAAGUGCAAAUCCUGCUUCACAGCACACAACUGUUCCAAAGACCCCAGAAACAAAAAACACAUCACCGCCAGCUUCAUCUACCCCAUCCUCCCCAUCCAGGGGCACGGCGCUCUCUUCGCCCUCUUCCUUUCAGAUGCCGGCUCUCUUCAGUGGGCUGCGGGUGCUGAAGAAAGGAGCGUUGGGGGAAGAUAGGGAGUCGGUCUCAGAGAUCAAGCAGAGCGAGAAGGAUGCUGACCUGGCCCUGCUCAGCCUGAAGAAGACGGUAAACAAAGCCAAGCAGUUCCCUGAGCAGAAGACGCCCUCUCCAGUCAGAAAACAUGCAGAGCCUAACGCAGUUGUGGACACGAAAAGCACUGUGAUGGGACAGCUCAGUCACCUGCUCCACCGAGACAACCGCGCUGAGUCCAAAAAGUCAGUCGUGGGGCAGGAGGCUAAUCCUGAACACAGCAGAAAGGAGUCUGAGAAUGGAGAAGAGGUUGUUGAGGAGACAAUUUUAAGCCCAGAAACAUCCACCUCCACACCAGAGAAAAAGAAAACCUCAGACCUGGCCUACGAGACCUUUAGGAACAUCUUUGGUCCAAAAGCUGUCAAAAAGGACAAAGUUGAAGACGUUGAUCUGGAUGCAGUGAGAAAGAAAAUCAAGAAUGACAAAGAAAACCUGAGGUCUAUAUUUGAGAGAGCCUCCAAAUCGCCUGGCAAGGAACUCAGCAGUCCCACAGAGGCUAAUACGGAGAUCACUUCCCCUACAGACAGUGAGGACCGAACACCAGGGCGUCUUCAGGCUGUGUGGCCCCCACCCAAAGCUAAAGAUGAGGAAGAGAAGGUGGGCCUCAAAUACACCGAGGCAGAGCACCAGGCUGCCCUCUUGCAGCUGAAGAGAGAGUGCAAGGAGGAUCUGGAGAGGAUGCAUUCCGACUUUGAGCUCCAAAUGUUCCAACUGCGUGGUGAGCAUGCUGUCACGAUGUCAAUGUUGGAACUAGAAAUCUCUAAGAUGCAAAGAGACAGGGGGUACAGUGCAGGUCAUUUGAGGGGUGAGGUCCGGGACGCUGCUGUGUCCACUUCAGAUGACCUGACAUCCAAGACCUACCGCACCGUCAGCAUCCAGACGGACAGGGAGAGCUUCAUUAAGAGCCCAGAGGGGGAUGGUGGAGGGCUCGUUCAAAGCCCCAACCUGAAUGUGCCAAAAAAACUCAACCUUGACUCUAUCGGUCUGAAUCUAAAACCUGAAGCAGCCCCAGGGCCUUCUGGACCACCCCCACCCCCGCCACCCCCGCCACCUCCUCCCCCUCUCCCACCAGGCUUCUCAGGACCACCACCACCUCCUCCUCCUCCUCCUCCUCCUCCCCCUCCUCCUCCCCCUUUACCAGGCACCACUGGGGCACCGCCACCACCCCCUCCACCACCUCCACUCCCUGGAGGUGGUCCGCCACCGCCACCACCUCCCCCUCCUCCUCCUGGCCUACCUGGAUCUGGCCCACCUCCUCCUCCACCUCCACCAGGCGGAGGCCCGCCACCUCCUCCCCCUAUGGGGGGCUUCAGUUCUGUCCAGAAUAUGGAGAAGGCCCCCAGGAAAGUUGCCGUUGAGCCCGCCUGUCCCAUGAAGCCCCUGUACUGGACCAGGAUACAGAUACAGGACAAUAACAACAACACUCUCUGGGGAUCUCUGGAGGAACCAAAUCUUGUCAACGCCAAUGAGUUCGAGGAUCUUUUCUCCAAGGCCACGCCGCAGCCAAAGAAGAAACCCCUAUCUGACACCUUUGAGAAGAAAGCAAAAACUAAGAAGAUUAUCAAGCUUCUGGAUGGGAAGCGUUCGCAAGCAGUCGGCAUUCUAAUAUCGAGCCUGCAUCUGGAGAUGAAGGACAUUCAGCAAGCUGUGCUUACUGUGGACAACUCUGUGGUGGAUUUGGAGACCAUAGAGGCUUUAUAUGAAAAUAGGGCCACCAGUGAUGAGUUGGUCAAGAUAACAAAACAUUAUGAGAAUUCAAAGGAAGAUGAAGUCAAACUGCUGGACAAACCUGAACAGUUUCUCUAUGAGCUCUCCCAGAUUCCCGACUUUGAGGGCCGAGCCCACUGCAUCAUCUUCCAGGCAGUUUUCCUCGAUACUAUCUCCUCCAUCCAGCGCAAGGUGGAGAUCGUCUCCAAUGUCAGCAAAGAGCUGUUGGAUUGUAACAGCUUGCGGAAAGUGAUGGGUCUUGUUCUGGCCUUUGGGAACUAUAUGAAUGGAGGGAACAGGACAAGAGGUCAGGCUGAUGGCUUCGGACUGGAGAUCCUCCCCAAAUUAAAGGAUGUCAAAAGCAGGGACAAUCGGAUGAACCUGGUGGAUUAUGUUGUUUCGUACUACCUGCGUAACUUUGACAAGGACGCUGGAACAGAUAAGAGUGUGUUCCCUAUGCCUGAGCCUCAGGAGUUCUUCCAGGCUGCUCAGGUUAAGUUUGAAGACCUCACCAAGGACAUGAGGAAGCUGAAAAAAGAUCUGACUGCGUGUGAAAAGAACGUGCAGAAGGUGUCCACUAACUCUUCGGAAGAGAACCUCCAGCCCUUCAAGGAGAAGAUGACCGGAUUUGUCUCUGCUGCUCAAAAGGAGCAUUCAGCUGAGGAGGAAAGACUGGAUUCAGCGCAAAGAAGUUUCCAGGACACAGUGAGCUACUUUGGGGUGAAGCCAAAGUCCGGAGAGAAAGAAGUGGCCCCAAAUUACGUAUUUAUGCUUUGGUACGAGUUUUGCAACGACUUCAAGAACGCUUGGACACGACAAAAUAAGAACAUCUCCAAGGAGAAGUUAAAGGAAGCUCAGGAAAACAUCAAGAAAAUCACAGCAGAGAAGAGAGUGGAAACCAAAAAGAUCAAUGCCAACAGUCUGAAAGAGAGGCUGCGGCAGAAGGAGGCUGGCGUGUCAUCCACCUGAGUAAAAUUACAGCUGAAAAGAAACAAGGAGUGGUAGGAGAAGAUCGCAGAUCCGAAGGCCCGCUUUUUGUGUGUUUUCCACCUGCCUCGACAACAGCGGUCUGCUCUUCACUCUCUCUACAGACUCGCACAAAAACCUUGCCGGGCAACUCCUACUGCUGUUCUCUGUUUACUAACACUCACAGAUCCCCACCCUACCCUCCCCUUUUCUGUCUGCUGUAUGGACAGGAGCUGGGCCUGCAGCGGGGAUGCAUGGCUGCCACAGCCGAAGUGAUGAGAGUCUUAAAGGCCAAAGAUCGAUCUCAUUCCUCCGGCAGGGCGCGACCUCUGAGUGCCCAGCUUGUGAAAGGUCUCAAGGGGUCAGUGUGAUUCACAGCUGACACAUCCAAGAGGUUCCUUCUGGAUCUAUAAGAGCUGAGAAACCAUUUGUUUCCUAAAUGAAGACGUAAGAGAGCAGAGUGAUAACGCUGCUACAUUUUCAAAGACGGUGCUCAUGAAGAGGAAAAUCCCCAUUGACAAACGAGAAAUCUGUGUCUGGAAGCGGUAAAACCGCUAGUGUUCCUAGCUUAUCAUUCCCCAUGGCUCAUUAAAAGUCUUGUAAAUAUGUCAUGUUGUAGAAUCUGCAGGGCCCAUGCAGCAAGAGGAUGAUGAAUGAUCCGCGCCAGGCUUCAUGUGCGGAUUAAGACAUGUUGUGUAUAAAUGUGUGCGCGGACAAAUCGUGGAGGUUUCACUGUAUUGUGUAGCAAUGCACCAGACUGACCUCUCUGGGUGACGGCCAGAGAAGAGGCCCUCAAACACACACACACACACACACACACACACACAGAUGUACUUAAAAACAUCAGAAGGAAACAACACACUCUGGCCGUUCACCCACUCUCAUCGCGGAUAUUAAAUAUAAAUUGUUAGUCCUCCAUUGAGUGUCAGCGCACCUUUAAGCACUUUACUGCUUGCUGUAGCUGUAUGUCGUAGCUCGCUAUUAUCCACACUCCCCUGGUUAUGCUAACUGCGUGCAUUUUUUAGAUGUCUUGCACUUUUUUUGCACCUCUUUUCCUAUGCAAGGGUACGCUUUCCUUGUUGGAAUUUUUAUGAAUUUUACUGCUUUAUGAAUUAAACAUGUUAGAUUUUUUUUUUUCUGAGAAAGUCUAUUAAAGUGUAUGUUUUGUUAUCUGAAAUGUAAGAUGUAACCAUACUCCUGUCAUUCAAGAAAAGUCUAUUUAUGUAAGGAAAGAUUUAUUUUCUGCCAAAAAGCAUCAGCGUUGGUCCCUUUGAGGCUGUAUUUUUAUGAGUUGUAAUUGACUUAGAAGCUGCGUGGUUAAAUCCGAUGAAAGAUAUAUUUUCACAUAGAUAUUGUGCCCGCGAUGAUUUGUUGAAUGUUGUUGAAGAUUUGCCUUUUCUCUUUAGUUUUGGAGAGAUGAGGGGUGUAUUUUUGGGAAUUGAGAACAUUUUAAUAUAUCACCUACAGCCAUUCGAGUUGCUAUACCUCAGACAGACUUCUAUUAUCAGAGAAUCCAUAAAAUUGCACCUUGAAUUACUUUUUUUUACCCUCCAAAGUCUUUCACCUGUGCCAUUUAUUUCGUAAAAAGAUCAAUAUUUAAGGAACUGCUAUGUUUUACUUCAGAGGGUUUGACAACUAAAAAAGGCUGAUACUGAUAAAGGAACUGCUGUAGCCUCUACUCUAUGUAUGUAACCCUCAGUAGCUCUCAUGUAGGUGCUCUGUAAUUUUAUGGAAUUGUUUUAAAUUUCGAGAAUAAAGUACUGGAUGCCGAACAAA